AUGAUUAUUCCAAUACGUUGUUUCUCCUGCGGUAAAGUAGUGGGUGACAAAUGGGAAGCUUACUUGGAGUUGUUACAAGACGAAUCCAUGCCAGAAGGAGAAGCUUUAGAUAAACUAGAGUUGAAGAGGUAUUGCUGUAGAAGGAUGGUGUUGACUCAUGUUGAUUUGAUUGAGAAGUUUUUGAGGUAUAAUCCGUUGGAGAAGAAGGAGAUAAACUAG